AUGAACAGCAUCGAUGGAAUAAACGAUGAAGAUAACACAAUAUGUUACCAUAACUUAAGAAAAAACAGGAAGCAGCGAAGCUACGAUUUCGAAUACUUUGAUGAAUCCUUAAAUAGGCAAAAGGGGAGAAGAAGGGGCAGAAAGAGAGCAAGGAAAGCCCUAAAUGAUCCAAACGUAAUUAACAAAAGUGUAGACUCUACAAAUAUAGAUGAAAGGGUUAAAAGGCCGCACAUUAGGAAAAAAAACAAAGACGCGAAUGUGCACGAACAGGAAAACAUAGAAAACGAGAAAAGUGAAGAGUACAUUUUCCACAAAAAUGAACAUGUGGAAGAUAACAAACUGAACAACGUCCAGGGGAUACGCCCCAAAGGAGGAGGAAGAAGAAGAAGAAAAAAUUUUAACAUGGACAAAAGUAUGCAGUUACUUAAUUCAAAUGUGCCCCUCAGAAAUAAUAACAUAAAAGUUGACCGCAUAUGUGAAUAUCUGUCCUACGAAACGAAUACCACAUGGAGGUACAUGGGAUCUACUGUUAAAUUUAGGCUUAUAGAUGAUCAGCAGGAAAAAUAUAUUUUUUUAAAAAACAUGAAAAAGCAUAUCAUAUUUGAAAUAGUUAAAAUUGCCAUGUUCGCCCUACUCAGGGUUAAUCUGAAUGACAAUAACAUUUACACCAUACACACCGAUAUGAAUAAGACACCCUCUAGGGAGUACCCCAAUAAACGCAGUAAUACAUCCAGGGGAAAACGCGCCUCGGGGGACAAAACCGCAGAAGGUAACUACAUCGGUAGUGUCUUUCUCCCCAGUGGGACAAAACAUCACGAUAAUAACCCUCGCAAUAGUAAUGGCCAUAUACACUGCAGCUACUACUACUACAGCACACAUAGGACAGGCAGUGGUGAUAGUUCUAAAGGGUUAAGGCGCGCUUCCAGCCAUGGCAGCGAAAGAGGGCAGGUCCAUCAGCGCGACAGGGAUAUCCAUCACAGUAAUUAUAACCACAUCAGCACACGCGUUACUUGUGGGAGUGAAAACAAUUUGAGGAAUCAAUUCCCCAGAGAAAGUGACAUGCCCCCCACCUGCACCUACGCGCAUUAUGACGUGAUGGAAGACAUCCAUAAAAGGCUACAAGAAAAAAAUGACAUACUAAACCAAGGCGUAACUGUAUCCGAAAUUCUAGACUUUGUAAAAGAAAAAUAUGAGAAGUAUUACGAAAAUGUUAAACAGUACAUUGUGACGGCACUAAAUAUUUAUUGUGCUUUAAAUAUAUUCAAGCUGAUCAGAAGAGGAAGGUAUGCCAUUUGUAGGUUCGAGCAUUUCAACAUUUUUAAAGUGAAAUAUUUUAAAAAAUAUUUUAAGUUUUUUUAUAGCUUAAAGGGGGAAGAAGAAAUUUUGAUGAACGUUAAGAAUUAUUUGAAAUCUUUUUACUAUGGCAAGACGGUACGGCAACUGAGGGCAGCAGGCCAAGGAAGGGGCCGUCGGUCGAGUCCGAAGGGAGGUACAGAUAAAGGUGCAUGCGAAGGGGCAUACGAAGGGGCAUACGAAGGGGCAUACGAAGGCGCAAAUGAAGGUACACAUGGAGGGGCAUACGAAGGCGCAAAUGAAGGUACACAUGAAGGGGCAAAUAAAGGUACAAAUGGAGGGGAAAAGCAGAAGCGCUGGACGAGCCCGCGGACGAGUGUCCGAAUGAGCACCAGAACGAGUCCGCGAACAACUCCUCAAACGACCCCCCAACCAACUCCCCAAAGGAGCCGCAAAUCCAGCCCCCAGCCGAAACAGAAGCCGAGCAACCAGCCCGAAGCGUGCGCGCAAAACGGGACGAUAAAGGAAGAGCCGAAGAAAAUGAACAACGAUUCCCCAGAAAAGAAUAAAAGUAUUAAGCAUGAAAAUACAGCAAGGGAUAUUACCAUCCUGGUCAAUAGUGUAGAGAGUACAACGAUGGACAGAAGGAACAGCAACGUAUCAUUGGCGAGUAAAACAUGCAAGUCAGUGCCUGAUGGGGAUAAAGACAACCCCGCUAUGAGCGCACCUUCGAACGAAGCGAACGGCAUUCGGAAAAACAGAAGCAGAGCGAAAAAUAGCCAAAAGGAACCAAAAACAAAGGAAAAGCAGAAGGAAAAAAAAAGAAAAGUGAAUAGCACUUUAGCAACACCUCACGAUGAAGAAAAACUAAAAAAUGUGUGUAUCGACAUAAAUAAAAUUAAUGUAAAAUGUAUCAGAGUGGUAUACGGCAUGAAACAUUUUUUCUGUUCCUACGAUACAAAAGAAACAAAUGAUGAAGAAUUUGAAAUCAUCAAAGUUCAAAAAAAAUACGACAUGUUGAGAAGGUCCAGCAUUGCAAACAUGAAUUUAAGAUAUAAUUUUUUUAGUGGUUCCAAGAGACUGCAAAGUAGAAACGUAGUGAACUACAAUGAUGAUAAUUACGGCUCGAUGGGCACCAAAAAUCUACUCCUAAGAACUGAUAAUAGCAUGAAUAUUAAUGUCAACCUUAAUAAUGACGAACAAAUGGGCAAGCAACCCCAGUACGGGAAACAGAAGAAACAAAAUUACGAAGAUGAUGUAAUGAAGCAUGAAAAGUACAACUCUAUUAAUUUCAACAUCAGUUAUAAAACGUUGAGGAAAAAAAUGAUUUGCGUUAGACACUACGUAAUGCCCGUAAAGAAGGAAGAACGAUCGCAUAAGCCAAGGAAUGAACUGAAAGGAAAGGAUAAACUUCCCACCGUUUCGAAUGACAGCUUGAUACAGACGUGCUCCAUAAAUUCAAACAUGUCAAACGUUGUCAGCGUCGACGGUCUCUCCUCCAUGAAUUGCGAGAGCCACUGUUCGCAAUGA